AUGGAUGUCUGCUUCAGUCAGGGAGGUGACCUGGUAUCCAUCGAAACUGAAGAAGAAUGGCAGUUUAUCAGAAAUGAGAUUCAACAGCGUGGUACUGGGAAUAGUAGUGCGUGGCACAUUGGUUUAAAGAAGAAUGGUUGGGUUUGGACUUGGGUGAGUGGUUUAUGGAAGAGAGACGGGGUUUGGAUAUGGAAUAGUGGAGAACAAAUGAAUAUUUCGAAAUGGCGAGAUUCUGAGCCAGAUGGUAACGACACAUGGGCGGAAAUAUCCAAGAAUGGAGGCCUCUUUAAUGGUAUCUCUCGGGGUGAUGAAAAAAAUGCCUACAUUUGCGAGAUGCCCGGAGUGCGUGGGUGGGUGGUGGGGGUGUGUGUUUGUGUGUUUCUUGUACGAGUCAGAGAUAAAUAUGUUAUUCACUGGAUAAAGGAGUAUGUUUCAAAAUUUGGCGGAAUUAAUAUUACCAGAAGGAAUUCCGUACAGGAGGCAGUAGCUGUGUUUGAAGACUUCACUAUAAAAAUCAAGAACGUCACAAAAGACAAGGCCGGCACAGAAGAGGUUAAAACACUUAGAAUGUCCAUCUUGGAGGUGGCAGAGGCCGUCGAAAAAUUUGCUCUUAAUUAUGGCAAGCGACACUUGAGUGGAAAGAGGUCUUUGGAAAGGAUCGUUUUCCCAAAAAUAGUUUUGGUCAUUCAAAAAGCCUAUCGCAAGAAUGCAAGUGGCUUCCACUUUGAGGAACAACAAUGGCGAGCGAGAAUCGAUAUCCCUUCUUCAAAUUUUGAGGAAAAUGGAUCAAUGGUGGUUGCGUGUGUGUACAAGGAUCUACAUGACCUACUCCUGACAGAUCAAGUCAUAAGGAGUGAAACAGACCACCAAAGGUAUAUCAACUCCAGGAUAAUGGCCGUAACUAUGGACCCCAAGCCAGAGAAAUUAGAAGAAAAUGUCAUCCUAAAGUUCAAAAACCUAAAGGUCUUGACAGCAGAGAAGCGCUGUAUGUUUUGGAGUGGCCUCAGCAAAAGCUUUUCAGAGGAAGGAUGCCAUGUAGUUGCAUCAAAAAGCAACUCAGAAGAAACAGUUUGCAGUUGCAAUCAUUUGACGCAUUUUGCCGUCUUAAUGGACUACGCUGGUAGCACAAAGCUCACCGAGGAGGACGAAACAAUUCUGAAAAUUAUCACCUACGUGGGACUGAGCCUUUCCAUCGUCGGGAUACUUUUAACAUUAAUACUUUAUUCUUGUCUCACAGAUGUUCGUCAACCUCUCUCCCAAAUUCGGCUGAGUGUUUCUAUGUCCCUUGGAGUUGGACAGAUCAUCUUCCUUGCCGGAAUAAGCGCCACAGAAAACAAAGCUGCCUGUGUUACAAUAUCAGCUCUGAUGCAAUAUUUCUUCAUGGCCGCUUUCUGUUGGAUGCUGGUCGAGGGAAUUUAUCUCUACUUCUUCGUUGUGAAAGUUUACAACAUUAACACCAAGAUGUACAUGUAUCACGUCAUCUCAUGGGGUCUUCCAAUGAUCAUGGUGGCCAUUUCACUUGGCAUCGCUGCUGGAAAAGAAGGGUUACAAAGCUAUACGAGUGAUAAAUACGAACGAAAACCAGAUUGUUGUUGGCUUUCCUCGACUAACAACCUGAUCUGGAUAUUUGUCGCCUUUGUGGCUUUCAUUGAAAUUCUUAACAUCUUGAUACUCGUACGAGUCAUAAAGGAGAUGACCAAUUUGGUGCAGCCAACAGCGGAAGACAACCAUUUUCAGCAAAUACGACUUGGCAUCAAAGCAUGCGUGGUGAUGAUUCCCCUGCUGGGUGUCACAUGGCUAUUUGGUCUACUUUCGCCUGUACAUAAAGCUUUCGCUUACAUCUUCACCAUACUCAACUCUACUCAGGGUCUCCUGAUUUUCGCUUUACACGGUAUGCGAGACACUCAGAUCAGAGAGCGAUUUGAAAGAAAGAUGAACAUCGUUUUUCCAUCUUCCAUAAAGAACAACUCCAUAAGGAAGAGGUCACACGUCAAUCCAAAUGAGGUUGGGAAUGUAUGGGCAGUUGAAUUGCAGUCUUCAGCUGAAUUUAAAUGGAAGUCGCACUUAACUUAAAUAACUGGAUCCCGCCAGCCGUAAAUAACAGUCAAUUACUUAGAAUAAUCACUUAGUUAGCAGCUCUUAGUCGGUUGCGAUCGGUCUGAGUCAUGAUCUGCAGGCAAAAAAAACUUAUUCUCUUCAUUAUUGUUUAAGCACUCAACUAGUUGUGAUUGUAACCUAUCUUCUUCAUGAAUAUAGGUUUAUUUUCUAGGCGAUCGUAUAUUUGAAGGCAAUAUUCAUCGAAAUAAACCAGUCUAUAGAUUUAAAUUUCUAAUGGCUUAGUAUCUUUAUGACUGUCCUUCGAAUAAGACCACAGAAAUCGAGAAUGCCUAUUCAUGCCCACAUUCAUACUAAGGAACUUCUGGAGAAUUUUACUAGGUUACGUAGUUAUGAUGUAACACCACCAAUAUAGUUGUGUUAUAAGCUUGCGGAAUUUUGUGGAAUAAUUUGUACAUAAGUACUCAGCGCAGCAAUAGUACUUGUUGUUGUCGGGAGGGACGGACUUUUCAGAAAGCUAUACCGAGAGAGAGCAACCGUG